UUCAACCUCUACACAGCCCAAACCCACUUCUCUAUGCUUAUGGUCUUCAUUUCUCUUUUAAAAACAAAACAUAUAUAUCAAGAAUCCAUAACAAUCCUUGCUUGCUUUCUUUUCCCCUGUAUUGUCUUCCACGGUAGGAUUUUAGAGGUCUUCAAAGCCUAGUUUAGAACUUUGGGCUUAAUUAGAGGGUUAAUUCUUCUUCCUAAAUCCUCUUUCAAAGACUGUUAAUUAGCUAGGUUCUUUACAGGGAAUUUGGAUACAACUUUUAAACCAAACUUUACCUGCUGGAAAUAUAUUACUUGAGGUAGAUAUUACUUAUAAGUGACGCGAGAAAUGGAAAAUGUCUCUGCUGUAACAGAUGAUGAUGAAAAGAUGGAAUUGCCUCCAGGGUUUAGAUUUCAUCCAAGUGAUGAAGAGCUCAUAACUCAUUAUUUAUCUCCAAAGGUUCUUGACUACAGUUUCAGCGCAAUAGCAAUUGGGGAGGUGGACUUAAACAAGGUUGAGCCUUGGGAUUUGCCAUGGAGAGCGAAGUUGGGAGAAAAAGAGUGGUAUUUCUUUUGUGUCAGAGACAGAAAAUACCCAACAGGGAUGAGGACAAAUAGAGCCACUGAUGCGGGAUAUUGGAAGGCAACUGGUAAAGAUAAGGAAAUUUUCAAAGUGAAAAAGCUCGUGGGGAUGAAGAAGACUCUGGUUUUCUACAAAGGGAGAGCUCCCAAAGGAGAGAAGACCAAUUGGGUCAUGCAUGAGUACAGACCAGAGGGGAAGAAUUCCAUUCAUGGUGCCUCUAAAGCAGAAAAGAAUGAAUGGGUAAUCUGUAGAAUCUUUAAAAAGAGCUCGGAAGGGAAGAAAAUACACAUUUCAGGGCUAACGAGGGCGACGAAUUGUCGUGAUGAUUCGAGUUCUUCGGAGCUGCCUCCCUUAAUGGAUCUGUCCUCUGAUGAAGCUCAAACGAGAACCACAGUUGCUGAGGCAUCCAACGUGACCCGCUUCUCCAACCCAAUGGAGGUGGAGGACCAAAAGCCUCAGUACGCCGACUUGAUCAAAACUCCUUAUGCAACUUCGGCUUCAAAUAUCUCUGCUUUCUCCCCUGCUUCCUUGAUUUCGCCUAAAUUUUCAACUCCAAAUUCAAUUCUUGCUGCUCAGAUCAUGCCGCAUAUGGAUCACCUGCACUAUACAGAUUCUGUUUUCAUGCAAGAUCAGUCCAUACUGAAGCUUUUGUUCGAUGAUUACGAAUCAAAUGGAAAUGCCAAAUCUGAAGUCUCCCAGAGCACUGGUGGAAUUAGCACAGAUAUGUCCUCUUCUCUUUCUGAUUUCAGGCCUUUUGGCUAUCUCGAAUGUCCAAUCACUUCAGCUGGACCCGUGGACCUCGAGUGUCUGUGGAAUUAUUGAAUUUGAUUAUUUGAAGAGACAGCCCAAAAAAAAAAAAAAAAGAGAUGAAGAGAUCAUGUUGAAAAGAUGGAGUCUUAAUUCUGGCUGAAGUUGUUGGCGGAACAAGUUUGUGUACAGAUUUUUCUGAAAUCAAUUAUUGUUAUUGUCAUUGUUAUGCAAGAACUGCAUGCAAUCUAUUAGCUCCAAAAAGAAACUGCAGUGUAGAAUGUGGUGUCUAUUUAGUAUUACAAUAAUUGUGCCAAGGUAUCCCAGGUUAAAACCCUCCUCUAGUUUUUGCCUUCAUCGCCAGGGUUUGUUACAUGCAAGUCCUCUGUUAUACAUAAGAGUUUUUCAUAUUAA